UGUGGCUGAGGAGGGAGCAGGCCGAGCCUGAGAAAACCCGGGAAGUGGGUUGGGGGAAGGGGAAAAGGUGGUAACUGGAUCCGGAGAGCGGUGCUGUUCAAAGGCCCACACUUUUAAGGAUAUUCUGGGUUAAUGCUUCUCAGGCCUUUACUGUCCCUUCCGUAAGGAAAGAGCGAUGAGUCCUUAGGUGUUGAUGAAAGAAGGACAUUCAGAGUUAACUAUCUUUUAGUUGGGUGUUAGACAGGGGAGACAUAAUAGGAUACUAUCUUAUUGAGGGGGAUAAGGGAAUUUUUCACCCAGGAUAGGAAAUUAAUUCCAAAUUAAAUCAUUAUCUCCUUUCCACUUAUCCCCCAAUUCCUAGGCCCUUUUAUUGACAUCUAAAGCUUUUUGACUGGGCACAGGCAAGUUGUUUAUGUACUAAAUGCAUUUAAAUGUUUUUAGUUACGAAAUAAUAAUGGAGUGUAUGAGUAGUUUAUUUCAAAAUACUGUUUACACGUUACAGUUCAGAGAGUCUUUCCUAAGACAAUGCCUCUGUGACUCGUGUUGUGCCAUGAAACUUCAUUAUGAUGUCCUUCAUAGUUAAAUUGAUUCUCACUUUUGAGGAAAAGACGUAUUAAAAACUCGGGAUUUCGUGAGAUUACUACAUUGUUAGAUCUCCUUAUUAAACGAGCAAAAAUCAAAUUAAAGUAGAUCUUGUAGAUGAGAAUUUUACAGAAUUAAGAGGAGAAAUAGCAGGACCUCCAGACACACCAUAUGAAGGAGGAAGAUACCAACUAGAGAUAAAAAUACCAGAAACAUAUCCAUUUAAUCCCCCUAAGGUCCGGUUUAUCACUAAAAUAUGGCAUCCUAAUAUUAGCUCCGUCACAGGGGCUAUUUGUUUGGAUAUCCUGAAAGAUCAAUGGGCGGCAGCAAUGACUCUCCGCACGGUAUUAUUGUCAUUGCAAGCACUAUUGGCAGCUGCAGAACCGGAUGAUCCACAAGAUGCAGUAGUAGCAAAUCAGUACAAACAAAAUCCUGAAAUGUUCAAACAGACAGCUCGACUUUGGGCACAUGUGUAUGCUGGAGCACCAGUUUCUAGUCCAGAAUACACCAAAAAAAUAGAAAACCUCUGUGCUAUGGGCUUUGAUAGGAAUGCAGUAAUAGUGGCCUUGUCUUCAAAAUCAUGGGAUGUAGAGACUGCAACAGAGUUGCUUCUGAGUAACUGAGGCACACAGAGAGCUGCUGAUACAGUCAAGCUUGCCUCUUCUUGAGGAGCACCAACACGUGUUAUUUUUAGGAUUCUGCAUAAAUUUCUUUUAAACUGGCAUUCUUGCCUAACAAUGUUAUCUAGGCACCAUUGGAGACUGAAAAGAAAAAAAAAUCCCUGCUCUGUAAAUAAAGCUAAUUAAACGUCUGUGUAAAUUUAAAAGGGGAAAUACUUUAAUUUUUUUUCUUAAUAGUGUAAAAAUUCUUUGAGCUAAGCUAAAACCAUGGAAAAACAUGCUACUUUAGUGUUUAGCAGUGUACCAAGACUAGCAAGAGUUUGCUUCAGGGUUUUGUUGAAUAAUUAAGAUAAUAUUUUGAGUGUGUCAGGGCCAUUCAAAUUGUUGGUGUUGCAUCACAGCUACCUUAACUGUUUUUAACAUGGAUCCUUUGUGCCUGUGAAUUUACUUGCAUGCUUGUACUUGACUUCUUAGGAUGGGUAGCUGAAAAGACCAUCAUUUUAAGCAUUUGAGAAUUCUUAAAUAUGAGAUUUAUCUAGAAUUAAAGAUGGUGACCUAUUCAGAGCCUUUUUGUCCUUGUCAACAGACUGGGACACCGUAUCUAUUUUUCCUCUCUUACCAUACACGGCUAAUAUUCUAAUGGUAAAUUUUUCUGUAUUUGAUGGGGAAAUGUGCCGAGGGACAGUAUCCCUUGCUCCAUUUUUAGGUCGUAGGUUUGGAAUGUUUUGUCACAGUUCUUCAAACACUCUUAAAGUUUUCCUGUGUAAGUAAGUAAUAAUGUAAAAAUGGAGCCGCCAAUUUUAUUUCUUUUGCAAAAACAGUAAAUACUUGACAUUGCAGUAUUCCCAGACUUAAUGAAAGAACCCAACUUAGUUUUUCAGUGAAUUUGACAUAUAUUUUUAAACUGAUGAAAUUUUUCUUUGAGAACUGGCAAGGAUACAAUCAACUGUUUCCAGUAGUUUUUAGCCUAAUUUUGGGCUUUGUAGAGAUUGCUUUAUUGGAUACUUUAAAAGUCACUGUUGCUUGCACUUCCCCAUAUUGACACAUAAAAGCUGUGUUGGUGUUUUCCUGUACAUACUUCAAAUGCACAUAGGAAUAGAAGUGUGUUAUAAAUUUAGCUUUCUUUGGAUGUUUCUGAUAAUAUGAGAAUUGAAAACUUUACCUUCUCUUGUACAUAGUGAGGCUUUCUAUUUGUAUUAAAGUUACAUUUCAUUCUAAGUUCAAAGCUUGAAAAUUAUUAGUUUGCAAGCUCAAAUGCUAAUGUAACCAUUUUAUGAAGGUUGAAGUGGAUUUAUGCAGGCAGUUCUAUUCAUAGAAAUACAAUUCUUUUUACAUUUUCAGGACCAAUGCAAAAUAAUAAAAAUGUAAUGGAAUCAGACUGAAUUAAAGUAAGGGUGGAUAUUGAAAGUCAUAUUAUAAAA